AUGAGCAGCCCGGGCGUGGUCCAGGUCGUGCAGCUCCUGUGUGCGGCGGCCAGCGGCGACGCGCGCGUGCGGGUGCCGGCCCACGGACGCCUGCAGGAGCUGGAGGCGCGCCCGGGCUUUGUGUCCGUGCUGCUGGAGGCCUACGCGGACGGCGCGGUGGAGCCGCAGGGGCGGCUGCUCGCCAUCCUGAUGAGCAAGAACGUGGUCGACAGGCAGUGGCAGCAGCGGGGGGCUUCGCAGGGCAUCCCGCCUGAGGAGAAGGCCCGCACCAAGGAGGCCCUGCUCCGGCUCGUCUCGGCCGCGACGGCGGGAGCCCUGCCGCACCUCGUGGAGCUGGUGAUGGUGCUGCGCAAGGUGUGCCGGUUCGAGUUCCCCCGGCAGUGGGACGAGCUGGCGCGCUUCCUACUCUCUGAGCUGCAGCAGAUCAAAGAGCAGGGGUUCAGCGAGCGGGCCGUGUCCAUGGUUAUGGUCCUGCACGGCGUGCUGAAGGAGCAGGGGUCCAAGCAGAUGCUGGCGGCGCGCAAGGAGCUCCACCAGAUCGGGCAGCUGCUGACCGAGCCGGUGGGUGCUGUGUGGUGCACGGCGCUGGAGCACAUGCUGCAGCGACAGGCCACGGAGCUUGUGGACGACAGGCUGUGGAAGUUGAGCCGGUACUUGGACGGCUGCUUUUUGAUCUUGUUGGCCCGAGGAUUCCCCCACCUGCACGAGGCCGCCUCGGGUCCCGACAUGAUCGUGCUGGUCAAGAGGAAGGUGGCGUUCCUCGUGUCGCUGCUCCGCGGACCCGCAGGGUCGCUGGAGGGCGGCGGCUUCUUCUUGAAGGACGUUAAGUCGGUGCUGAAGUGGUGGACCAUCCUGAUCAGAGAGCACCCUUUGUCUUUCACGAAGGCCAACGUCCAGGAGGUGCUGCACAUGAGCGUGGAGGUGAUGCAGGCUCUCGCUGUGCCCGGCGCCCAUGCAGCGCCCGGGCAGCGCAUGACGGCGGAGCCGCUUCUGAAGAGCUGCACGCAGAUGUUGGCCCACAGCUUCAACACGGUCGCUUUUCGCAAGGGGCCCCAGCCCAAGCACGAGGGCGCCGUGCUCGAGGCCGCGAAGGUCUGCCACGCCCAGUUCGUAGAGUUCGUGCAGCGGCACCCCGUCGACGGCCUCUGCUCGCUGUGCUGCCGCACGGCGCUCGAGCUGAGCUGCGAGGAGGUGCGCGAGUGGCUGGCCGACCCCGAGGAUCAGAUGCAGGGGCCCAGCGCGCAGACCGACCUGCACAUCGCCGGGGAAGCCCUGGUGCGCGCUCUCGGCCAGCAGCCGUUCGACCAGGCCCUGGUGCAGCACGUGGCCAGGCGCAUGGAGGAGGAGGCCGCUCGCCCGCCCACGGCUGGCGACGCCUUCGAGGUCACGGCGCGCAAGGACUCCCUGCUGGUGGUGCUGGCCCUCUGCCAGCCGCUGCUCAAGCCGCACCUCCGCUUCGAGCAGCUCCUGGCCUUCUUCGGGCCGGUGGUCGCCAUGGCGCCGCAGUUCGGCAGGGAGUGCCCGAGCAUGCUCCUGGCGGUCCGGCUCUGCUCGGUGAUCCGGUCUUGGUGCGGCGACAUCCCGCAGGAGGCGCUGCUACCCGUGCUGCGGCUCCUGCACGAGUUCCUGCAGGACGGGCGCCACAAGGCGCUGCGCCUGGCGGCCUUGACCCCGCUCGGCGGCCUCCUGGAGCGCUUCUCGGACCAUGAGGCCUGGGCCGAGAUCCAGUGCGCGUUCGUCGACGCCUGCAUGGCCCUGCUGAGCACGCUGAAGGCGCCCGACGUGCAGUGGCGCUGCCUGAACAUCGUCCACCGCUUCCUGUGCGAGGAGGCGGAGAGCGGGCGCUACGAUGUCACGGCGCGCUCCCUUCAGCAGCUGAUGGUGCUGUGGCGGCAGCCAGACCAGGGCGAGCUGCUGAUCUGCCACGCGCUGGUGGACGUGCUGCAGGCCCUGGUGCUCAUGUCGUGCCGCUCGAAGACCCCGCGCCUGCCGCUGUCGGAGCCUCUGCUGGGCUGCUGCCUGGCCGUGGUGUCCGACUGCUACACGAAGCACAGAGAGGCGCCGGCGUCUGGGCAGCCGGAGGUCAGCGCCGCCCUGAUGCCCGACGCGGUGUCGGCGCUGGGCAGGCUCGGCGAAAUCGCCAGCGCUACCCUCUUCGACGCGGGCAGCAUGCUGCUGCUGGGUGUGCUCCGCACCGUGGACGUCGGGCAGGCUGCCCCGCUGCUGGGUUUCUUCCCACAGCUCGUGCUGCACUACAGCGGGCAGCCCUCGGUGCAGGACGCGACGCUGGACAUCCUGCUGGAAUACUGCGCGCUCUACGUCGAGGCACCGGGCGGGGCCGCCCAGCUGCAGCCCCACUACGGGGCUCUCCUGGCAAUCUGCCGCAUCGGCAUCCAGGCCGGCAAGCAGGGCAGGAGUUGCGAGCUCUCCUUCCAGCUGCUGCAGCUGUUGGCCACUCACGCGCAGGCGCCAGAGAACCUCCGCGAGCUGCGGGAGACGGUGGCCUCGCUUUUCAGGCUGUGGGCGACCACGUUCAACCCCGCGGCCGUCCAGAGCGACUUCCCGUACCCCGCGCACGCGGUGCUGGGGCUGCUCGGGGCGUGGCAGGCCCACCGGGGCGAGGACUUCCGGCAGCUGGCGCGGGCCGUCGCCGCGAGCACGGCGCGCGCCGCGGCGCUAACGGCGGCCUGCCUGCGGCUGGCGCGCGCCGUCGCGCUGAGGGUCUCGCUGCUCUGCGCCGCCCUGGCGCUGUUGGAGGAUCGAAGACCCCAACGGGGCCAGCAGCGUCGACCAGGCCUUCUGGAAGGACUUCCUGCAGUGCUGCGGCGACGUGGCCAGCGGGGCCAGAAAAAGUCCGGCGGGGCGGCGGCGCUGCUGAUGCAGACCCUGCAGGCCCUGAGGUCCUCCACUUCCACGCGGCCGCCCGUGGGCGCUCGCAGCUUCGGCGAGCUGCAGCGCUGCAUGCUGCCGCCGGCGCUGGGGCCGGCCGUGCGAGAGGACGGGUCCAUUCGAGGGAGAGAACCUGACCUUCGGAGGAGGCGAAUGUACCCAUACAGCUGCCCUAAGCCUGUUCUCCCCUGUUUCCCUGACCUUCCAGAGCGCUAUUUUUUUGCACUGGAGACCUAA